UGCGCGAUAUUAGUUCCCAUUGAACCUUUUGUGGUCAGGUGUUGCUUGAAGAGCCCCCAGAAAAAUAACAAACUGAUAACAAUUUCGCCAAGCUGAGGGCCUAUUACAUUUACACAGAAAGCUCAAAAACAAAUAUGUUUAAAUAGAACAAACUCUCCCACACCAUAGUUAGUUUACUUUCAAAGCAGUUUUGACAAUAUGGCCGAGGAAAGCUUCAAUGCCGACGAAUUGAAUCCGCCAGAAUGGCUGAAUACUCUGUUUAUUACAAAGGUGCUGAUUGGUCAUGAAAAGGCGCCUGAACUCAAAGUGAUAGACCUGACCUUCGCGCCAGCCAGUCCCAAGGGCGAUCACUAUGCCAGCAUUAUGUUCCGGGCCAAGGUGAAGUAUACCACCCAGAAGGGAGGGUUCACAAAGUCGCUGAUCAUCAAAACAAUGCCCGAGGAGGAGGGUCUCAAGAAGGACUUGUUUGCCGAGUCUCCUCUGUUCAUAACUGAGAUUGGCAUGUACAGCAAGGUCCUGCCGGAGUGCGAGCGGAUCCUUCGCGAGGUGAAGGACAAUGCCAGACUGUAUGUAGACUGCAUCUACUACAGCCUUAGCCCGAAGCAGGUGAUCAUCUUCGAUGAUCUCGUGGAGAUGGGCUACACUGUGGUGCGGGAUCGUUGGCUCACGCAGGAGGAGAUUUGUAGUGCCUACGGCAAGCUGGCCAGAAUCCAGGCAAUUAGCAUGAAAAUGAUUAAUGAGCGGCCCGAUUACCUUAAGGACUUCAAGAACGGCAUGUGUGAAAUGCCCGGCCUGAUGGACAGUCCCAUUAUUAACGCCGGCAUGGCUCCGUUUAUUGAAUUUUUGGGCAGCACUCCGGAACUUAACAAAUACCAGGCCUAUUUUGAGAAGAUAAAACUCCAUUACAAGGAGCGACUGCGGCAAACCAUGCAGGAGUAUCGUAAAAAUCCUCAACCGGAUGGUUACUACGUGCUCUGCCAUGGGGACUACCACUGCCGGAACAUGAUGUUCAAGCACAACAAGGAAACCGGAGGCUUUGAGGAUUGCAUGUUGCUGGACUUCCAGGGCUGCAAUGUCACUCCCAUGGCCGUAGAUCUAAUAUACUCAAUAUACAUGCUGAUGGGUCCAGAACAGCGCGCUGAGGAGCUGGAACACCUGCUCAAGUACUACUUUACGGUUCUGCUGGAGACUCUCCGAAAGAUCGGUUACCAGGGAAAAAUGCCCACUCCCCUGGGGUUCUGGGCGGAAUUCAAGCGGCAUAGAUACUAUGAGUUCCUUAUGGUAAGCACCUUCCUACCCAUUUCAGUGGGUCUCAGAACGUACAACUUUGACAUAGAGGAAAUGCUUUACAAUGACGAAACCAGGCGGAAAUGCUAUCAUCUCAAAGAAUAUGUCGAAGAUGCCAAAAAGAUGCUAGAGAGAUUCGAGAGAUCAGGCUACUUUGAAGAUCUAUAAAAAAGAUAUUAGCUUAGGAAAACUAACUGAUUGAUAAAUAGAUUUAAAAUAAAAAGAAUUUAAUUCUCUUUUAGCGAUAAAA